AAAAACAGAAAAGUUUUACCAUUAGAGGGGUCAUUUUCAAAGCCAUUGUACAAGAACUCCAAUUUAUUACGAAUUGUGUUACAUCGCCGUAUUGAAAAUAGGAUACAAUUAAGAGAGUGGUACAGAAUCGAUUUAAAACUUGUUACUGAAAUGGGGUUAUUAAUGGAUCUACACCCUCAUUUAAUCAAAUUAACUUGCACUAUCUUGGUAAACAACAAACGUUCGCUAACGAACCAUCAGAUCCAAUCUCGUCCCAUUUCCGAAGAUGCUUGGGAUCCAGACGCUGCAAAAUCUGAAGGUUUUCUCCCUUUUAAAUCCAUUGGCGGCAUUGAAUAUCGAGUCAAUACUCUACCGUCGUCGUUGUCCAAAAGCACGUAUUUUUUGUUGAGAGAGCAAUGGCAUUUUGGAACACCAGGCAAGAUAUGGGAUUCGGCGAUUGUGAUGACAGAUAUACUCCUAAAGAUAUUUGCAACAGAUCCAACACAUCUAGCCAAUAAACGUGUAUUGGAUCUAAGUGCAGGAACGGGAUAUAUAGGAUUGUCUAUAGCUCAAUGCUAUCAGGAAUGUGAGCAACCUCCACAUAUUAUCUUGACAGAUCUAGAAGAGGCGUUGGGCUUAAUUGAGGAAAAUCAAGUAUUGAAUGGUAUCCAAGACUCCUCGCGGUUGAGUAUCAAAACGCUGAGUUGGGGCAACAAGGAGGAGGCAGCGGACAUAACAAAGGAUGGCGCAUUGGAUGUGAUUAUAGCUUCUGAUGUACUAUAUAAUGUGGAGCAUUUUAGUAAGCUCAUUUCGACAUUUCGCGAUUUAUGUGAUGCAAGUACAAUCAUUUAUUUGUGCUACAAACAAAGAGGCCUGACGGUGCAAGAGGAAAAUUCCUUCUUUGGUCAAUGCAAAAAAUACUUUAUGAUUUCACAGCUC